UUCUUUACACAAAACCCCUCUCUCUAACUUUCUCAUCGUCUCCAAACAUCAGGAUGGGAUCAGAAACCUUCCUGGAGAUUAUUCUCGCGAUUCUUCUGCCUCCCGUCGGCGUAUUCCUCCGAUGUGGUUGUGGGGUAGAGUUCUGGAUAUGUCUGUUGUUGACGAUACUGGGUUACAUACCUGGGAUCAUCUACGCUAUCUAUGUUCUUGUCGGAUGAUCAUCUAAUCCUCUUCUGUACAGUAGUUUUCAUGAUCUGAUUUAGCUUUUGCUGUUUCUCAAUUACUUUUGUAAUAAAAAAAAACUCUUGCCUUUAAUAACACUAUUUUUUUUUUUUUUGCUUGUUACGCUGCUUAAAUAUACGCGAUUACUCGGAUUUAUAUGGUCGGACGCCUCAAAGCAAACAAUAUUUA